UUGACAUUAUCUUCGCGGAUUUAGUCCAGCGGGAAGGAAUGAAAAUGGCGUCGACUUCUAAUGAGCAACCUUGGUACACAGCCCUCCUUGGUUUUGCAGAAAAUUUCAGGACUUCUAACCCACCAAACAUCCGACUUUGCAUACACUGUCUUCAGUCGAUCUUUACUUUCAAGCCUCCGCCACAAAUCGAAGCUCGUACGCACCUCCAACUCGGCAAUAUUUUACUGACCCACACAAAAAACAUCGACGCAGCCCGGGCACAUUUGGAAAAGGCGUGGAGCGUGUCGUCAUCGCUAUCUGCAAAUGAUGAUGUCCUGUUUGAGUCAGCCAGUAUCCUGUCUCAGCUCUAUGAACAGCAGAACCAGGUUCAGCUGGCCAAACCAAUCCUACAUCGGGCCAUUGAGAUGUCCCAGCAGGCUCCUUAUUGGCAUUGUCGACUAUUGUUCCAGUUGGCGCAAAUCUUUGCCAUAGAGAAGGAUUUCUUAUCUGCCUGUGGACUGCUUGGAGUCGGGGCAGAGUUUGCGAGAACAGCUCAGUCAGACUACACACGGAUGCUGUUCCUCCUUAGCAAGGGCAUGCUUCUGCUGAUUGAUAAGAAGAUGAAGGAUGUUGAUGAGUGUCUCUCCAUGGUGUCUGGUCUCAUUGAAACAUACCAGGGAUCCCCCAUACACAAGGAAUCUCUGAAAGUCUUCUUCCUGGUUCUGCAAGUGUGUCACUAUCUCAUGUCGGGACAGGUGAAAAGUGUGAAGCCAGCACUCAAGCAGCUGCAGCAGAGUAUCCAGACAAUAACACAGAUACACACGGAUGAUGUUCUACUUUCAGAGCCCCUGUCCGGGAACCCAGUGGACUUGUUCCAGUGGCUGCCUAAGGAACACAUGUGUGUGCUGGUGUACCUGGUGACUGUGAUGCACUCGAUGCAGGCAGGCUACAUGGACAAGGCACAGAAGUACACAGAUAAGGCACUCAUGCAGAUUGAGAAACUGAAGAUGCUUGACUGCCAUCCGCUGUUAUCAUCGUUCCAGCUGAUGCUGCUAGAACACAUCGUCAUGUGCCGUCUCAUCAUGGGCAACAAGUCCAUGGCAAUCCAGGAAAUAUUCCAGGCGUGUCAUGUUUGUCAGCAGCAACCACGGUUAUUUACAACACACGGGGCACAGAUUCACACGUUACUGGGUUUGUAUGCAAUGUCCAUGAACUGUAUGGAAGCAGCUGAGGCUCAGUUCAAAACCGCAUCCAAGUUAACUACAGUAUCAGACCUAAAGAGUUUUGUAAAUUUAAAUCUUGCAAUUGUAUACUUACGAACAAAUCGACAAACAGAACUAGUGGGAUUGUUAGAAAGUAUAGAUCCUGAGAAGUUGGAAUCAGGAUCACAUAGUUUAAAGGCAGCAGCAUAUUAUGUCCAGGGUUUACAAGCAUUUUUCCAAGCAAGAUACAAUGAAGCAAAGCGCUACCUCAGGGAAACAUUGAAGAUGUCCAACGCAGAAGAUUUGAACAGAUUAACGUCGUGUUCACUCGUACUCCUGGGGCACAUAUUUCUUUCAUUAGGAAACAACAGAGAAGCAAUGAACAUGGUAACACCUGCAAUGCAGCUUGCUGGGAAAAUACCUGACGUUCAUGUUCAACUGUGGGCGUCAUCACUCUUGAAAGACCUUUACCGUAUGUGUGGGGACUCUCAUAACGAGGCAGAAGAGUUCCGGAUGCACUCGAGCUUCUCACAGUCCCUCCUCAAAGACCACUUUCAGUCCUCACAGAUGUCGGAACAUGGACUCAUACAGUGGACAGAUGGUCAGUGCCCGUUUCACCUGUGUAGUACAUCAGUGGCGUCCAGCUCUAUGUUGUGAAAGCUGACUCAGGUGGGGUCCAAAUGACCUGGCUGUGUAUAGAAUAUAUGGACCUGGGCUUCAGGCCCCCCUGUCUGUGGUUGCCAUGGCUACAGUGGAGCCAACUGCAAGCAACCAUGAGGGUCCUUUGAAAUGUGUUAAAACACAUCAUGGCAGCAACAAGGAAACCUGAACGAACAUUGUUCUUGUUUCUGGUUUGGGCUCUCCUGAGAAUCCAAGCACAGAGCAACAGCAAGUGUUGUGGUACGAGGCAGUUCCUUACCCCCUCAGGACAAGAUCUACAGAGCUUGACUGACAUGAGUUGUUAUCGGAACAUGAUGUCAGGGAAUAGUCAAACCUCUUGCUCACAAUUGGAGAUGUUUCGGAGGGCAGGAUGAGUCACAACACCAGAAGAGCUGCCACAUUUGUGGACUCAAAGUUGAGAUUCCCAUCAGGAGGAAGGGCAGGUCCCUUUGCUAUUGUUCUUGUCAUCAAUCGAUAUCAUGGUUAGCAACGUCUCUAAUGCAGAUAUUUCUGCCAUAUUCAUAUUCCUCGGAAGGGACUGAGACAUUUAUCCUACAUCUACGGUGACUGAGUUUGAACACCGUUAUGCGACGUGCACACUUGAUUUGUCCUGUUAGCUGCUAGUAAUGCCUGUGUUCAUCCUAUAUGUUGACUGCAGUUUAUUUCAGUCUCACUUUACAUUUUACACAUAACUGUUUUAGUUUUACAUUAUAUGCAGAAGUGCUGAGAGAAAAUGAUCUUUUCCUAGAACAUUUUAUUUGACCCCAUUUAAACGGUAGAAGAUUUUAUAUUACAACACAAGUAAUUUCACUUCAGUGUAACAAAAUAGUGUUUGAUACCUUUAUUUUUUUAGCCCUAUGAUAUGGCUUGACAUGCAAUAAAUAAGACGAUGCUAAACAGUUUUAUAUGGAGCAGUGAAUUAUUUUGUUUUUAACAUAAAGUCAGAUUCAAAACCUGUUAUAUAGUUGAACAUGUAAUAUGCUUGUGUUAAUGUUGAUUCUACGACAUUCUUCACUCUGAAAAGAGACUCAACUAAUGAAUUCUAUCAGUACCUUACGUGUAAAUAUACUGACAUUUUGUGUGCCAAUUGCAUCUGCAUCAUGAACGUUGAAAUCAUCAUCCUGUCAGUCACAGUGUGACCAAGUCUUACAGUAACCCAUCACUAAUGUACGAUUCUGCACCUUUAGCCCCAGUCUAGUAAAAUUCUGUUCUCUCUAGUAAACUCCACUAAUAUUAUCAUAGGAGCAAAGUUUGCAUGAGUAGACUAAAAAUCAUUUGGCAUAGGCAAGUACAGGAUAAUAAUAUCAUUUCCUAUUGUUUAUGUAAAAGUCAGGCUACAAGGUUAGGUUCAUAUGAAACAAGCAAUAUUAAUGGUAUACAUAAUAUUAUUAUACACUUAAAGUGGAUUUAUUAAUUUAAUCAAUGAAGUUCUGAUUGAGUAUAUACUUAAGUGAAUGGAUCAUAAUUUUUAAACCGGUGUAUUACACAAAGGCAUUGUGUCCCCUUGUGAAAUUGGUUUACUUGAUGAUUGUAAUUUGGUACUACCAUGUGCUGGGUUUCACAGAAUAAACUUUUAAAGUCAUGGAAUGUAACAUAAUUAGGAGAAGCAGGCAUGGAAGAGAAAUAGCAUUACAAUCUGACCUGAUUAUUCAUCUAACAACAUUAACUGCAACAUACAUUUAUCAUGUAAAGUUUAUCCAUGCGAGGACGUGGCAAGGCACCGUUACUCUUGCCAUGGCCUGUUUUCAUUCAUCAUGUGAUAAAAGACUUUGUCCCUUCUAUGUAUAAUCCGUUUCACAUUUUGUAAAGUUGUAUCCAGAUGUUCUCAUUAUCAGCUUGAUGCCAUGAAUAACUCUUUGCAGGUUCUGGGAAUAAUAUUUUCUUGGGCGUAUACUUUAUCAGUGAUAACUAAGUAUUGCUUUCUGAGGUUUAAACAAGGAUUCAAGAUGUUGGAAAGGUUUUACUUUAUGUACAGUGAACACAUUCAUAAUUAUAGCUGUGGUUCUUUUUAACCAUAAUCCUUAAACUGAAAAUGUCUCUUCUAUUUCAUAUCAAUUAUCACAUCGAGGUGGAACUAUGUUAUGUUUGCCUUUCAUAGCCAUUAAAUGAUAUUAGUGCUGUAUUUCAAGGUUUUCAACAUAGCUAAAUCACUCAUAUAUAUAUUUUUAGAUAUGACACUAUUUUCCUUCACACCAAUCCACAAAGUGUGUUAAUGAUAUAUGCUGGUACGCCCUAGUCUGACACAGCUAUGGCGCCUUGUCGGUGGGGAGAGAAGGUUGAUACCACUGAGGGAGUUAGUACCAAUCUGUGAUGGAUCCCCUUGCUGUCGAGGUUUAUGUCGAACCAAUGUACAUGGUCAUUAUCCUGUAUGUCUUGUCUUUAUGUUGUGAUUAUCAAUACCCAUUGUCAUUGUUACUUUCUGUUUCAUCCUAAAGUCAAUAUUUUUAUGGCUGUGUUUCAUGUCAUACCAGGAAAAGUGUGUGUUAAUUUGUGUCUUUAUCUUUAAUUCUUUAUCCUAAAUAUGAAGAUAUUCUCACAUCACUGAAAUGAAAUCGAAAGUAUGUUUUGUAUGUGAUGUCAUACAGGACCUGAUUCAAUGAAUGACAUUUCCUACCUGCAAGGCACAGAUAUGUCAGACAUUAAAAUAUUACCUCUAAUUUACUGAUAAUUAUAGCAACAGUGACCUCCUGUAUACUGGAGAUUUUGGGUUAGAAUAGGUCCCAGUACUUUAUGGAUAGGAAGGUGAGGCGUGGUGACUUGGUUGAUUGCAUAUCAUCAUGCCCCAAUGACCUGGAUUGUUCUUCAUAAUGUCGAUUACAGGCCAUGUCAUAGAUAGAAUGUUGAGUACAACGUUACACAACAAACCAACAGAAAAUCAUAAUCAUAUUGCCUUGUAAUAUCAGUUUGGCCAAUAAAUCAUUUUAGCUGACAGGGCAUGAUUGCCACUCACUCAACAGAGUUGCUUCCCUUCACCAGGCCAGGAGCUGCUUAUCUAAGCCUUAAAGCUAAAGUCCAGAUGUUAGGUCUGUCAGCACCAUAGCUAUGCUAGUGGGUUUCAUCUGAGUGAUAAAUGUAUACAGCCAUCUCCUGAGCUGAGCAUUGUGAUAGGACUGGAAUAUUUUUCAAAGCAAUGUUGAACUUGAAUGUACUUGAGUAUGGGACAGUUCAUCAAACCAUGUGUCUUGUAUGCUUCUGCUUCAGUCUGCUGCUUUGGACAAACCUAAGGGAAACAAAACAAAACGUGAUUCAAAAUUAUUUGGUGGGGGAUUAUCACUAAGAGUAUUUAAGGUAUAUAGAACACAUGAUUUCUUAGCUAAGAUUCAGAAGUUUUAAAUUAUGUGCAGCUAUUUGUAUUCUAGAUUUGUUAGAUCGCUUAAUUUAAGGUAACUGAUAUUAAUUUAAACAUUGAUUAUAGAAUUUUAUUGAUUAAUACAAACAAUUACUAUAUCUUGACUAACUAUGGGAAAGGAUAUCUGGAAAUACUGAGUACCACCUGUAUUAGAUAGACUUCUCAUAACUGCCAGCUUAAUUACUUUAAAUGUUUGAAAGUAAAACUGCAAAAAUGUUAGAAUAAUCAUGAAAUGAUGUUAGUUUGCAUGAAGUUCUAGGCGGUAUGUUAAUUCUGUCAGAAACCUGUUCCUCAAAGUCAUCUUGACAAUAUGAUCAUUGUAGCCUAAUUGUUGGUAUGAGUUGCAGUUCUGAGGAAAACACUUUUCGGAACAGAAACCGUUCAGAUAAACCCACACUGAAUAUUAUUUUGUUUAGAAAUAAAAAAAUAUAUGAUCUUUGUACCAGAGAUAUGCAUGAAUUGAGGCGAUACAUUUAUUUCUACAUGUUAACUGUUCUGCUAUGUUCUAUGUCUUUGUUUGCUAUUCAAUCAUGAUGAAUUUCUUCAAUAGAAUAACAACUCUAUGGGACAUUUUAACAUUGAGGACAUGUUAAGAUGGAUCAGACACAGGGCAGUAAUGUAGGAGAACAACCUUGUGACCAGUAUCAAAACAAAAACAUAUCCAUGUCAACAUUUUAGAUCAGGUUCAAGUUAGGCCAGACUCUUUGUUGAAAGAGAAGACUAAAGACACUCAGCAUGGAUUAGGUGUCAGAUUGAGAUAGGGCUAACACUUUCAACUGAUUUUCGCCCACUGUGAUAGAGGUAUAAUAGAUUACAAGUGAGACAACAUUUAACCAAGCAGGCCUUUAACUUUUUAUGCUAACAAUAGACAGGGUUACAGUUGGUCACCAGCAACCGACUUGGUAUGCCUGACAUAUGAGGCAGCUUGGCUGAUUGUGUGUCACCUAGUCCAACAGCUUGGGGCAUGGCUCAUAAUAUCAAUCACUGGUUUAUGUGGUCCAGGUUUGAUCUUCAGGGCCCAGUUACAUAGUUGGACUUUUGCUGCUUAAACUACAAACUGACAACCCCAUUGCAGGAAAUCAUGAGGAAUCCAUUACAUUUAUGUCAUGUGUAGGUUCAGGUGGACAAGUUGGUUUCUGUGGAUGAUACUGCUCUGUGACUUGUUGAAGUUUCUGACAACUUACUGACUGAAAGAUCAUGUACGUUUCUGUGAGAACAGCCAGUUGACCAAAUAAAGCGCAAAGGAGGGAUGUGGAAAUGACUUGUUUCUGGUAUGAUCAUGGAGCUUGCUGAUUACUGUUAUUUUCUCUCUUGUUUCACUCACCUCAUUGAACGUCACUACAAUACAUGUAGGUUGAUGUACACGGUAGGAGUGCUUUGUAAAUACGUCAUUUUUAUGUAUUUUACAAUCAAAUCAAGUUUAUAAAAACAUAAAAACUAA